AUGAUCUCAAAUGUUUUAAAGAGAGCCUCUGUUUUGGCUAGAUCAAAUGGCAUUCAAUCAGCCUUUUAUACUACAACUGCUAAAACUGAAGCAUCUUCAUCUCCACAAAUGAAAAUUAAAACUGCUGAAAAGAAAGAUCACUUUGUUAAUUUCCAAGUUUAUAGAUAUAAUGAAGAAACAACAGCAAAACCAUAUAUUCAAACUUAUAAUAUUAAUCUUAAAGAUUGUGGACCAAUGGUUUUGGAUGCAUUAUUAUUAAUUAAGAAUAAUAUUGAUCCAACAUUAUCAUUCCGUCGUUCAUGUCGUGAAGGUAUUUGUGGUUCAUGUGCAAUGAAUUUAAAUGGUAGCAACACAUUAGCAUGUACCAAAAAGAUCACCGAUUGUUUAUCAGGUGAUACAGUUAAAGUUUACCCAUUACCACACAUGCAUGUCGUUAGAGAUUUAAUUCCAGAUUUAUCACAUUUCUAUACACAACACAAAUCAAUUAAACCAUGGUUAGAGCCAGCCGUUGAUGUACCAAGAUACAAUGGUAAGGAAAUUCUUCAAUCAAAAGAAAACAGACAUAAAUUAGAUGGUCUUUAUGAAUGUAUUUUAUGUGCUUGUUGUUCAACCUCUUGUCCAAGUUAUUGGUGGAGUGAAGGUGGUGAUGGUGGUUAUUUAGGUCCAGCCGUCCUCUUACAAGCUUAUCGUUGGAUCGCUGAUUCUCGUGAUUCAAUUCAAAAAGAUAGAUUAGCAAUCCUCUCUGAAGAUCAAAUGAAAGUUUACAAAUGUCACACCAUUAUGAAUUGUACUGCUGUUUGUCCAAAAGGUUUAAAUCCAGGUAAAAGUAUUGCUAAUAUUAAAUAUUUAUUAGCACACAAUUAA